AUGGAAAUCAACAAAAACCCUGAGAUGCUGAAGGGCUUAAAAGACUUACCCACGCAGGAUAAGCUUGAUACUAAAGACAUUGGCCAAGUCAACGUCGCUUUCUCGAAAGCUGAGAGCUGCAUUGACAUAAGAAUUAACAGCGCUAAGUCCUUGAAGGGUGAAAAACAAGAUAAAGACGAUUCUUUGACUUCCCAGGACAUGAUAUACUUCGGCUGGCAAAUAGCACAGGGAAUGCAAUACUUAUCAGCAAAGGGCAUUGUUCAUCGAGAUCUUGCCGCUCGCAAUGUCGUAGUCUGUGACACCAACCUUGUCAAAGUCGCUGAUUUUGGUUUGCGGCGAAACAGGGACACUCAAAUUGCAGUGAAAUGGAUGUCACCUGAAGCCAUGAAUGAUGGAGGGUUCCCUUACCCUGGAAUCAGAAACAGAGAACUUAUGAGACUACUUAAACGAGGAUACAGGAUGGAAAGACCAGAUACUUGCUCAGAGGAGUUCUAUCAUUUGAUAACACGUUGCUGGGCAGAUAAUCCGGACACGCGACCAACCUUUACCGAGCUGUGCCAAGAUCUAGAGGACUGGAUGCAAAGAGACACUCCUUAUUUGGACAUGGACCAGGUGGAUGAAGAUCAACCUUACUACGAUGCGUCUGCAAUGUCAGCGUCCAGCGGAUCAUCCUGCGAAGAACAUGCACCAGUGUGUCCUGACUUAAACAACACCGCAGAAAAUCUGUCUUGUGGUAUUCAGGAUGUUUAACUCGAAAUUACAAACUUUUAAAGAAAAUUAAAACGUCAGAGCAGUAGUAAUAUACACGUAGGCUAAAAGUCUGAUACGAUCACAGGAAUUCGCCGUUCGCCUAGUAAAGCCGGCCGCGUCCUCCCGCCUGGGGCUACCAGAGUUAUUGCUUUCAGCCCCGGGGCCCCAGCUUCUCCGAUCGGCCGGUCGUUGCUGGUUCUCAUUUCCAACUAAAAC